CAGCAACCACCAUCCGCUCUCUCCUCUCCCUCUUCGUCAUCCUCUCGCUGCUCGCCGUCCUCGGCGCGGACGAUGGCGUCGGCGGCGGAGGCAGCCGGCGGUGCCCUCUUAUCCCGUCCAUGACCGCCGAGCGCGCGUGCGGCGCGGUCGCCGGGACGCGCCGCAUGCUCGAGCUCUGCCUCAGCACGCUCCGCGCCGGCGCGAGCGCGGGUGCGGGCGCUGCGGUGCCCGUCACCCUCCACGCCGCGGCGGCCGUGCGCGGUGCGCUGGACGCCUACGCGGCCACGGUGGCCGCGGCGACGACGCUGCUCGACGGCGGCGCGGUCCCGGCGGACGGCGAGAGGGCCGCGUUCGGCGACUGCAUGGUGGGCUACGGCCGCGCCCGCGGGGCCAUGGCGCGCGUCGCCGGCGACCUGGCGGCCGGCGGCUGCGACAGGGCCGCGGGCAUCAAGGCGGGCUACACGGCGGGGCUCCGCGGCAUGGACGGGUGCAGUAGGGGCCUGCUCAACUACCCGGCGUCGCCGUUGUACGCCAGGAACCUCGCCGACCGGAACAUGACCUUGCUCGCCGCCUUGCUCUGCAGCCUGGUGCCAGCGCCGCCGGCGUGAGGACAGCCAGCAUGUGCAUGAGAGGGCAGUCACUAGCCAGAGUGGAUUUGUUUGUAACACUAAUAUCCAUGUUAAAAUUGUUAUUAAUUGAUCUUACCAGGCAAGCAAUAAAUCUGCUAUG